UAUGACGUAGUUGUACACAGGAACGGAACAGUGCACCACGCCUCUCGCCGCGCUCUCGUCUCUACAUUAAUGAAUGGACGGACGUCCAGCCAGGCACCAGCUGUGGAGUAAUGGCUCCGGAAAGGAAAAGGGAAUCACUGACAUCUGUUGAAUGAAAUACCGCCUUUGUUGUUGCGCGGGACGCGACGUUUGGUUUGUUUAUCACGUACAUAGAGCAGUGAGCACCACGUGACGCCUUUAACAGAAGAAAAGAGUCGGCUUAGGCUAAUGACUGAAGCAGCUUCACUGUACCGUGGUACUAGCUAGUGACGGAGGCAGCUUCACCGUCCUGUGAUUCUCACUAUUUUGACAGUAGAUAACGAAACGAGAAACAUUCUCAGCUAAACAGAUAUCUGCAGACUGAAAAUUUUUAAGACGCGCGUGCCGGAAACCACAGUGCAUAACGCUGCUUUAAAAACCCGGUACGUUGCUGGGUGACUGACUACCUGCACCUGGGCAAACGCCUUUCUUGAGUGUACUGAGACGCUUCUAGUCUUGGCCUGUGCAUUGUCCAUCUUACGCGCCCGCCAACAGCAGCUGAAAAUAUGGCGGCACGACCUUGGACAACAAUAAAUAACCAAGAUGAUGAUGUAAAUGCAUUUUGGCUGGUAAUAUGAAAGGUUGUAAGCAGGCGUGCACUACGCGCGUAUUGUAUGCAUAGUUAGAGCAUUAUAGCGAGGAGCCGAGCUUUUGGAGCAGUGAACAUAUGUGAUUGCGAGGAGUUUCAUAAUAUGAUACGAGUGUGUUUUGUGAUGCCGUACGAAGGUUUCGCGUCUGCCAGUGUGACUACAUCGCCGGGUCCUCCCACGUGGCGCGAGCUGUACACGGGUUAAUUAAAGCUUCUGGGUCAGUGUGUGUACACGCCUACAGAGUACAGCACCCUGGCGCUAUACGGUGUAGCUAAUACGAGAUGCAUCGCCAGUAGAGAUAAGCUGUGCAUAUAUGUGCGCGAGGCAGGACGACCGCUCAGGGUACCGGUGCUCCUGAGCUUGUGUGAGGAAGAGAGAGAGGGCGUGGGGCCCACCCAACAGCCCUCCCAGCUGCCAUGUUGCGGUUUUGUUGGUGAUGGAAUGGUAUUGGCGCCGGCUUCCUCGUAAGCCGCUUUUGGGCGUUGAUGCCAUGGAGAUGAGAAGCGGUGCGCAGGCGCGGUUCCCGGCACCCACCAAGAGGAAUUAUGACGGUGACGUUGCUCCAGUGUGAGGGCGUCAAAAUGAGCCUCUUCCAGGACCUGAAGCUUAAGCGCCGAAAGGUUGACUCCCGGUGCAGCAGUGACGGGGAAAGCUUGGCUGAGACCUCGUCUUGUUCCCCGGACUCUGGGUCGUCAGGUGGAGAAACUUCCUCCUGCAGUCCAGUUCAGCCCCAAACGACAUACUUGCCCUCCGAAUCACCGCGGGCGUCGCCCCACCCUCGGCCACACACUCAUGAGAGAGCAUCACCGGACAGUGCGGGCGACGAGUUCGGGGAAGUUAAACCGUGUCUGGACUGCGGUCAAGAUGACGAGGCUCAGGCGGCGCAAGUGUUUGAUGGCGGUGGAAGCCAACCGGUAUCCUCUUCAGCCAUGCCAAGACCUGCAACAGCAGACUCAAACCUGCAUCUUGUUCCCAAGUGUGAGCAUACUGACAUCCCCGAGCGUAUGUCUACUACCCCGCCACCACCGGACACAAGUGAACAUCAUACAGAAAUUACUCCGGUGUCAACAUGUACACCAAUUCCUCCACCCUUGGUGUCCCUAGGACCACCUCACACAACGUUAAGUCCCAUACCACACACGCUUUCCGUCUCGGUAGCAGGCCUUUCGUCUGGAAUGGUAAUCUCCGCGGGACUACGCUGCGGCCCACCUGUGAGCAUUGCACAACCAUACUGGGGUGGAGGAGCCAACCGUAUUAAUGGCAUGCGGCCGGAAUUCAUCAGUGGUGGUAUGGUACAGCCUACACAAUCUACAAGUGUUCCAGCAGCAGUUCCAGCAGAUUCCAGUAGAGCUGGAUAUUCCCCUCGUCUUCGAACACCAACAGUUAUAAUGGGAGAAGCAGGUGGGGUAAAAACAAUGUUCUGGUCAACACCAUCUGAAACACAGACAACGGUAUCUCAAGCCCCACGAGAGGUCCUCACUCAACCUGCCACUUCGUGUGUUUACGGAGCUGAUACCAGCGACGCAGUGCGUGCCUCAGUAGAUGGUCUCUUGACAUUAGGUCAGGACAGAAGAGGAUCUCCUCCCCAGCUCUCUCCCUCAAGUACUCUUUCACUCUCUCCUUCUGCCCGUUCUCCAAUAACUCAAAGUGCAAGAUCUCCUCUUACUCAUACUCCAAUUGCUCGCUCCCCUUAUACGGUAGCACCCUCUUCCCCAAGUUACCAAGUUGUUCGAGGUUUAGGGUCACCGCAGAGUUCUGGAGAUCUCCAGCUAUUACAGAGUGCGUCCUAUUUACACUCCCCUAGUAGUGUUGACAGCCAGCGCCAUCCAUCCACUCCUCUCAACAUGGAGCGGUUAUGGGCAGGCGAUCGUACACAGUUGCCUCACACUCAACCAGAUUCUCCAGCAGCGCUUAACUUGUCUACAGUGGCGAUGUGGGGGGCUCGCACUAACAGUGCGGAGAGUGUGGUUACUACUCCUACCCAGCCCACGCCUGUUGAAGACGACGAGGAGGACCAGCCCAUGAUAUGUAUGAUAUGUGAGGAUCGAGCCACAGGACUUCACUACGGUAUCAUCACUUGUGAGGGUUGCAAAGGUUUUUUUAAGCGAACAGUUCAGAAUAAGCGGGUGUACACGUGUGUGGCCGACGGUGACUGUGAGAUCACCAAAGCACAGCGGAACCGUUGCCAGUAUUGUCGGUUUCAAAAGUGUCUUCGUCAGGGCAUGGUGCUUGCUGCUGUGAGAGAGGACAGAAUGCCUGGUGGUCGAAAUUCUGGAGCAGUCUAUAAUCUGUAUAAGGUAAAGUACAAAAAGAAGAAUAAAAAAAAUGGUCAAAUAAAACAAGGAGGUAAUUCUCCUGAGAAGAAAAUGAUUCUGGAUCCACUUAUGAUGGCCGGAACUACUUCCCUAACAAGCACAUCUUUACCCAUGCCUAUCUCCAGCCCCCUCACAUCUCCCUCCAUCACAUCUCCCAUCUCCAGUGGUCUCAACACUGGCCACAUUCUAAAAGCUGCACUCACAAAUCCCUCCGAGGUCGCUCACUUUCGGCAAAGGAUAGACAGCACAGUAACGUCAACGAGAGAGCGUGUUAUACCCUACCAUGUUGCCCAAGCUAUGAUUCGUAUGUUAAUAGAAUGUGAUGACUUUGAGGACAUUGCUACACUGAAGAAUCUAGAUGACUUACUAGACCACAAAAGUGACUUGUCAACAAAAUUAUGCCAGUUGGGAGACUCUAUAUCUAUAAAGCUGGUGCAGUGGACCAAGCGCCUUCCCUUCUACCAGGAACUGCCUGUAGAAGUUCACACACGAUUACUCACGCAUAAAUGGCAUGAGCUCCUGGUACUUACUACUUCUGCUUAUCAAGCUAUAUAUGGCCUACAGAAGUUGGGAUCUAGAUCUUCAGAUGGCACUGAAGCUGAGUUUCAUCAGGAGGUGUCCAACAACCUCUGCACAUUGCAAACCUGCCUAAAUUCUAUGAUGGGGAGACCUAUCACCAUGGACCAAUUGCGACAGGAAGUUGGUGUGAUGGUGGAAAAGAUUACCCACGUCACACUAGCCCUUCGCAAAACAAAGAUACAAAUUGAGGAAUAUGUCUGUCUGAAAGUUAUUGCCAUGUUAAACCAGUCUCGGAUAGCCCAUAAAGAACUGGAAUUGAUCCAGGAUCGUUAUAUGAGCUGUCUUCGAACCUUCUGUGAAACCCACUAUCCCUCUCAACCCACCAGAUUCCAAGACCUACUAGUCAGACUCCCAGAUAUUCAAGCAGCUGCUGCUAAACUAUUAGAAACAAAAAUGCUGUAUGUUCCCUUCCUGUUGAACUCCACCAUCAAUAGAUAGCAAUAAACAGAUGGUUGGUUCUUAGAACAAGUCAGCUGCAAGGCGUCUUGGAGUGAACCAUGUGCCGUCCUAUGGUCCUAUGUCUCUGCUGUGACCAGCAGCAAUGGGGAAGCUGCAGCCACUUUCAUCAUCAUGCCUAGCAGCCACUCACAUCAUGACUGACACAACUAGUGACCAGUCCAUGAACGUUACCAAUGUCUGCAAGCAGCAUGAUGUUUAUGAAGUGACAAUCUAACCAGAGCAUUUAUUUUGCUAAAGGAAAUCAUCAGUUGUUUUUUCCAGUGGUUGUGCAACCAAUUUACCUGUGAUGGGGUGUGUACCAGUUUUUGAGAAAUUUAUAUAUAAUUUCUUUUAAAAGAUUUUAUAAAAACUUUCUUCAGACAGUUUACCAAAGGCUUUCUUUAGUAGAAAUGUUAUGGGUAUGUAUUAGGAUUAGGAAAAUUCUAAUGCCCCUAAACAACAGAAAUACUUAACGGCUGUGUGACUGACAAGUUGUGCAAUUACUAGAUGUACAACUUCCCUUCCACUGACAUUUUUCAUGACCAUCUAAAAAACUUCCUACUAGUCGCAGAACGUUGAGUCUACUUAAAAGAAGAAUUCUAGUUUUAUGGUGUUCUCAAGAGUACGACCAAGCACAAGACAAUUAUGGCAGUUUUCCAUGAUAGCCUCAGUGAGCUAUUGGAAAGCAGUAAGUUGGUGCAGUUAAGUUGUUGGUUGGGAGUGUGAUCCUCAGCUCCCUUUAGUAGGGUCACUUGACUGUGUUCUACGCUGUGUGAGGGAGUACUUACAUUGGUACCUGCAAGGAUGGGCUAUCAAACUUGUUCGCUACAUGAACAGUAUUGUAUGAACGAAUCCACUCUUUAGUAUUACCAGCAGUUUACAAGGAAAAGUUCCUAGAAAGAUCCUACUAACAGUUUUCAUUGCACUGAUCUCUAAAAGUGCAAAGAGGUAUUCUAUAUCUUGUAAAACACAUCACUUUUAAAUGUUAAGAUUUAUACAGAUGAUUUGUAUUGCAGAGGCACAAGUCUCGUUAUUGUCCUGUGCUGCCAUAUGACAGUGUACCAUUUAUACCUUUAUUAAGGAUGAAUAAUUCUUAGAAAUAAUAUAUGGGAAAAUCUUUUAUUAAAAGUACAUUUUUGUAAAUACACUUUUGCAGAUGAACCUUUUGUUUGUACAGUUUUCGGUACUAGAGCUGGUGUAUGUUGUGAAGGUGUGAGUGUGCAGGUCUGUGUCUCCAGUGCACGGCACAGGCGGAGACAGCUUACAGGGUACUCAUUAUAAAUGGCUUGUUUUCUAUCGGCAAGAAUCUUAUCAUGUAAAACAUAAGAUGGAUACAGAUAAUGUCUUUUGAGUUAUACUCCAAAUUUACUGUUGUUAAAAUGAUUUGUUACACUAUAACUUAAGAGUACUGAUUAAAAUUCUUACGACAUUGCAAUGAAAUCUAUUCAUUAUAUUUACUUACAUAUUUAUUAUUUUAUUUUAUUUAUUAUUAUUUAUAUUUUUAGCUAACAUAUUCCACACACUUUCUUACAAAUAUGAUAAUCUCCUCGGCAAGGGGAACACUAGUCUGAGACUCAGGAUGGCCCUGUAUCUCUCUUGACCAGUAACUCUUACUUUGACUUAGAGCCUGCAGUUGAACUUCAGUAAUUGCAUUUGAAUGGUGUAUUUUAAAUUAGAUUUUGUUUGAUUAGUAGCAUUAGUAUCUGUAUAUUUUUUUUUUUACUUUGUAACAACUUUCAAUGAUGAAAUAUGUGUUUAAAAUUAAAAGUACACAGACCAGCACUUGAGUUACCAGUGGCUGCAAAAGUAUAUUUUAGUUGACUUAGGUCAACUAAGCUGCAAGCUGCAGCCUCACUGUCAAGGAUCUUCACUUUGCAAGAACAUAAAUUACUUUGGGAUUGAUUGGUAUUAUGGGGGUAGUGGCAUUGCAGUGGGCAGCACUAGUCUUUGAUCUCACUCUUAUCUUUAAAUAAAUUGUUGUCUUUUAAGGCUGAGUAUUGUCAGCUUGACAUUUUCUGUGUUGUGAGAGUAUUGCUCAUGCAAUGUGAGUAUUUGGCAAUGUUGAAGCAGCAGUAGCCUAAGUCACAAGCAGCCAUGAGUACACUGUAAGCUAACUCCUUAGUGUAGUCAAGCAAUCAAAUUUGUUGCUUCUAUAUUUAAUGAAAUAAACAAAUGAACUUUGAA